AUGCCGAGCUCAUGUAAAGAUAUCAGAGCCGCAUUGGCACAAUGCCUCCAGGAAUCCGAGUGCGUGAUGGUCCACCGGAACUCCGCGGCAGAGUGCUUGCGUGAGCCGCACGUCAACACGCUCCCGCCCAAGUGCCAGCAGCUCAAGAAGGGCUUCGGGGAGUGCCGCCGGGGCAUGAUUGACAUGCGCAAGCGGUUUCGCGGGAAUCAGCCCGUCGCUUUCCGCCAACUCGAGCAGACCGAGAAGACGGGCGACGGAUAUCAGUUAUACGCCGGCAAGUCCGCCUUUUCCGGCACCCGCGGCGAGACCGACGGCAACGAGAAGGAACCGCAAGACUGGCGGGAGGCGGAAAAUGAGAAGUACCGGGCGGAAGCUGCGAAGGCUGCGGCGGAGAAAUCGAAGAAGCCAUGA